AUGAGGAGGAGGAGGAAAGGGGGAGGAGAAGAAGAAGAAGAAGAAGAAGAAGAAGAAGAAGAGGAAGAAGAAGAAGAAGAAGAAGAAGAAGAAGAAGAAGAAGAAGAAGAAGAAGAAGAAGAAGAAGAAGAAGAAGAAGAAGAAGAAGAAGAAGAAGAAGAAGAAGAAGAAGAAGAAGAAGAAGGAUCGUACACCUCAGUUAACUGGAUGUUUUUCCCCAUGGCCCCUAAAAACUACCAGCCGAUAUCGAAGACACCGACUUAA